AUGCCUCACCCCGCCGAUUACUCGCCGCCGAAGCCGCCGGACUCACCUUCAGAUGAUUCCGACUCCGACCUCGACCUCGACCUCCAGGAGCUCGACCCGACCACCUCGUCCACCGCGCGUAGCCCUCGUCUGCUGAGACCCGACAGCUCGACUCCCGAGAAGAAGCAAACCCCGGGUAUCGCCUUACGAAACCUUCGCAUGGGUGGCCUGCGCCGAUCGGGAAGGAGGGGCGCCGCCCGAUACGGGGAGUUGGGAGAAGACCGCGAUGCAGCCGGAGAGCAUGGAGAGUCGCUCCUUGGUCGUGAUAACGGUGCCUCGGACCGGAGCAACCAAAUUCCCCCGAACAUUGUCUCCAAUGCGAAAUACACCGCCUUCACAUUCCUUCCCAUAACCUUGUACAACGAGUUCUCCUUCUUCUUUAAUAUGUACUUCCUCCUCGUCGCCCUGUCCCAGGCGAUACCCGCCCUUCGAAUCGGUUACCUCUCCACCUAUAUUGCGCCCCUAGCGUUCGUCUUGAUGAUCACCAUGGGCAAGGAGGCCUGGGAUGAUAUUGGUAGGAGACGGAGGGAUAACGAGGCCAACGCCGAACCGUAUGCCGUCCUUCACUUUGGAUACCCCAGGGAGGCAGCGGGCGGCAGUGUACGCAACAGGAAAAGGCUGCGUUCUGAGUUGAUAAGGAAGCGAGGAAAGCGGCCCGUCUCCCCUCGGGAUCGGCUUUCCGACAUUCAAGAAGAGGAAGAGGAUCUUGAGGGUUUUGGCGCAGGUAGCCAGCCGUCCUCGUACGUACAGGAAAUCAGCAAAAAGUCACGAGACCUGAGGGUGGGUGAUGUCCUGAAGCUGAGCAAGGGACAGAGGGUACCUGCCGAUGUUGUGAUCCUGAAGUGCUACACAGCCGAGAGUGCCGUGGCGGCUGAAGGCGAAGGUUCCGAGGAACCUGAGGAGCCUGAGCCUCUUCUUGUCGAUACCGGCACCGAAGGUCAACCCGCCGGGGAGACGUCCGCCGCGGCUUCCGGCUCCGCGGGAGCUGCGGCCGCCGAAGAGGCUGAGAACGGACCGGGUGGAGAGACGUUCAUCCGGACGGACCAGCUUGACGGUGAAACGGACUGGAAGUUGCGUCUUGCUUCGCCCCUUACCCAGAACCUCCCCACUGAGGAAUUUGUGCGCCUGCGAGUGACGGGCGGCAAACCGGACAAGAAAGUCAACGAGUUCCUCGGAUCCAUCGAGCUCAUGGGCAGCAGGGAAGAGGCUCAAGAUCACCACGCAGCCCUCCAGAAUGAGGGCGGCGACCGCUCAGGCUCGGCACCUCUAUCCCUCGACAACACGGCAUGGGCCAACACCGUAAUCGCUUCUCAGGGGACGACCCUCGCCGUAAUCAUGUACACCGGCCCCCAAACCCGCUCCGCCCUAUCCACCGCUCCCUCGCGCUCCAAGACAGGCCUCUUGGAGUAUGAGAUUAACUCACUCACCAAAAUUCUCUGCGCCCUCACACUCGCCCUAUGGUACAUCAAGAUUAUGCGUUUUCUUGUCCUCUUCUCCACCAUUGUGCCUAUCAGCUUGCGCGUUAAUCUCGACCUCGGCAAGAGCGCGUACUCGUGGUUCAUCCAGCGUGAUCCCGGCAUCCCCGGAGCCGUUGUUAGGACGAGCACGAUUCCCGAAGAUCUCGGCCGAAUCGAGUAUCUACUGAGCGACAAGACCGGCACCCUCACCCAAAAUGAAAUGGAGAUGAAAAAGAUUCACGUCGGAACCGUGUCGUACGCGAAUGAUGCGAUGGACGAGGUCACGUCAUACAUCUCCCAAGGGUUCCAUGUCCAACCUACGCUUGACCCUGCUUCUAAGACAGCUCUCAUCACGCCGUCCACCUCGUACCAGGCGACUGGAAACAUGGGCGGUGCCACGAGAACCCGAAGGGAGAUUGGCUCCCGCGUUCGGGACGUUGUUCUCGCUCUCGCGCUCUGCCACAAUGUCACGCCUACUGUCGAAGAGGAGAAUGGCCGGAUGGUGACGUCGUACCAAGCCUCAUCCCCUGAUGAAAUCGCCAUCGUGCGAUGGACUGAGUCUGUAGGGCUCCGACUAUCGCACCGCGACCGCAAGGGUAUGAUUCUCGAGUCGAGUAAAGGCCGCAAGGUUGUGCAGGUCCGGAUCCUCGAUAUUUUCCCCUUUACCUCGGAAGGCAAGCGCAUGGGAAUUAUUGUUCAGUUCUACGAGCACGCGUCAAACAAGGCACCCGAUCUGUCAACUGGAGAGAUUUGGUUCUACCAAAAGGGUGCUGAUACGGUGAUGGGCUCCAUCGUCGCUGCAAACGACUGGCUCGACGAGGAGACGGCUAAUAUGGCCCGGGAGGGCCUCCGAACCCUCGUCGUUGGCCGCAAGCGCCUCUCGUACAAGCAAUACCAGGAGUUUUCAUCGGCGCACCAGGAGGCCGCCCUGCUCAUCUCGGGCCGCGAUGCCGGCAUGCAGAAGGUCGUGUCACAGUACUUAGAGCGGGAUCUGGAGCUCCUGGGCGUGACGGGUGUCGAAGACAAGCUACAGCGCGAUGUCAAGCCGUCGCUCGAGCUUUUACGCAAUGCAGGCAUCAAGAUUUGGAUGCUGACGGGCGACAAGGUAGAGACGGCGCGUUGCGUGGCCGUCAGUUCGAAGCUGGUGGCACGUGGCCAGUACAUCCAUACCGUGGCUAAGCUGACGCGCAAGGACGGCGCGCAGGAGCACCUCGACUUCCUCCGCAGCAAGCCGGACUCGUGCCUCCUCAUCGACGGCGAGAGUCUAGCGCUGUACCUGGCGCAUUUCAGAGUCGAGUUCAUCUCUGUAGCCGUGCUCCUGCCCACCGUCGUGGCUUGCCGCUGCUCGCCCACGCAAAAGGCCGAGGUGGCUCAGCUCAUCAAAGAGUACACCAAGAAGCGCGUGUGCUGCAUCGGCGAUGGCGGCAAUGACGUGUCCAUGAUUCAGGCGGCCGACGUCGGCGUUGGCAUCGUGGGUAAGGAGGGUCGACAGGCCUCCCUCGCGGCCGACUUCUCCAUCGAGCAGUUUUGCCACCUGACCAAGCUGCUCGUGUGGCACGGCCGCAACAGCUACAAGCGGAGCGCGAAGCUGGCCCAGUUUGUCAUUCACCGUGGCCUCAUCAUUGCCGUGUGCCAGACCAUGUACAGUAUCGCCAUGAAGUUUGAACCUGAGGGUUUGUACAAGGACUGGCUCCUCGUCGGUUAUGCCACCAUAUACACUGCCGCCCCCGUUCUGUCCCUUGUCCUCGACAAAGACGUGGACGAAGACCUCGCCAAUCUAUACCCGGAACUGUACAAGGAACUCACCUCGGGCCGCGGCAUCAUCCAGGGCCUUUCGCAGAUCCUGACCUCGGUGGACGGUGACCGCAUGCGUGCCGUCAGCUACACGGUGCUAGUGCUGAAUGAGCUGCUCAUGGUCGCUAUCGAGAUCACGACUUGGCAUCCCGUCAUGAUUGCGUGCAUUGUUGGCACGUUCCUCAUGUACGUGGGGUCGAUACCGUUCCUAGGCGAUUACUUUGACCUCGGAUUCAUCAUUACUUGGGGUUUCUUAUGGAGGGUCCUCGCUAUUGGAUCCAUCUCACUUGUACCGCCUUAUGCUGUCAAGGUGAUUAGCAGGACGAUGAAGCCACCUUCGUAUAGAAAGGUACAGAGCAGGUAG